AGACGCCCUCUUACCAAAGACCUCGGGCGCCGGGCUUCCUUGCCUACCUCUGACCCUUCUCGGUGACUUCUGGACCCAGAUUUCCCCUAGCUGGCUUCAGUGACCCCUGACCUCGGGAGACCAUCUCCCGUCGUGUCCCCCGCUUUCCCAGGACAGCCUCUUCCUCCGAGAAUUACUUCUCUGCACUCCCAGCUGGGCUGACCUCCGCAGGCCUAGGGGCGAGGGGAGCUGCCCAAUACAACAUCCUCGUAUCAGAUUUAAAGCCCUUCACAACGUGGCCCCUCCUGUCUUUCCCAGAAUUUCUGCGCUAGCUGUUCCCCCUGCCUGUGAUGCAUUCCCACUCAGGUCAGCUGCCCACCAUCCAGACUGUUCGCCAUGCUUCCAAGGCUGUCACCCGACAUUUUCGCGUUAUGCACUUUGAGAGACAGAAGCUGAUGGCACUGACUCAGUAUAUCCCCCCAAAACCUGCUAUUCCCACUUGUUGUCUGCCCCCCCCUCCCAAGCCAGUCUCAGAGGAGUCAGGCUUGACUCAACUGCUCAAGAGGGAGGUGACAGAAGUUUUCAGAAAAAACCGAAUGAUUGCUGUUUGUCAGAAUGUGGCCCUGAGUGCUGAGGAUAAGCUUCUUGUCAAGCACCAGCUUCGGAAACACAACAUCUUUGUGAAAGUCUUUCCCAAUUCGAUCCUGAGGCCAUUCCUGACAGAAUCCAAGUACCAAAACCUGCUUCCUCUCUUUGUUGGCCAUAACAUGCUGCUGGUGAGCUCAGAACCCAAGGCAAAGGAAAUGCUUCGGGUCCUGAGGAGCAUGCCUGUCCUGCCACUACUGGGUGGCUGCAUCGAUGACACCAUCCUCAGCUAUCAGGGUUUCCUGAACUACUCCAAAUUGCCCUCUCAGUCUUUGAUGCAGGGCGAGCUGGUGGGCGGCCUGAGCUUCCUGACGGCUCAGACUCACUCUCUUCUGCAGCGUCAGCCCCUUCAGCUGUCCGCCUUAUUGGAGCAGUACCUCCGACAGCAGCAAGGAGAAGGCAGCACAGUGUCCAGCCCUGCAGAGCCAGCUUCCCCCGACCUUGUAACAGACACUUAGCUGGACUGGUCUCAGCUUCCAUAAAUGUACUUUGACUCGUGUACUUUGUACUUUGAUGUACUUUGAAAUGUA